AUGCAAGUUUAUAUAACUAACUGUGGUAUUAUUAAUUUACAUUGUCAACAAUUUAAUUCUAAUUCAAUUGAUCACUCACAAAACUUAAUAACUAAAAUUAAUCAAGAAAAUUAUUCACAAAAAAAAUUAAUGGAAAUUGAACCAAUGGCUAUUGAUCCAUUAAAAGCAAUGGAAAUUACUCCAAAUGAAGUUCAACAAAUGAAAAAAUUUUUAAAUACAUUAAGUCAAUUUAGUGAACAAAGUAAAUCAAUUUUAACAGCAACUACAUUACCAGAAAUAUUACCAAUUGGAGAAUAUGAAAUAGAAUUAUUAAAAAAAUGGUCAAAUAAAACACAUUAUCAAAUUAUUUAUCGUGCAACAAAAGAUGGAUUAAAUAAAAGAACUUUAAUGAAAAAAUGUUCAGGUCAUAAAAAUGUUUAUUUCCUUAUGAGAUAUGAUGGUGAUAAUGUUUUUGCUAUGUAUUAUGGAAAUACUAUUCCUCAACAACCCUCUGCUGGACCUGCUUUUCUUGAUGCAACAAAUCAUUUUCUUGCAUUAUUAAAACAUUCAUCAGGAAUUACUCCAUUUACAAUGAAACGGUUUAAUAUAACUGAUAGAACAUUUAUUGUUGGUGCAUCAGAUGAAUACGUUGAUAGAGUAAUUGCAUGUGUUGGAUUUUUAUAUACACGAAGUAAUUUUUCUUAUUAUUUUGGUGAUACUACAUUAUAUUAUUAUUGCGUUGAGGAUCGUUCAUUUAAUUUUAAAAAGUAUUUUCCAAGAGAAGGAUAUUUUAAUGAAUUUGUUGCUGUAGAAAUGAGUUAA